AUGGAUUUUGUCGUUGGUCUUCUUAAGACCUUGGCUAAGUUUGAUUCAAUUUGGGUCAUCAUUGAUAGAUUUACCAAGUCUGCUCAUCUCAUACCGGUCCAGAUCACCUAUACUACUCAGAAGUUGGCCCAGAUUUAUAUCCGUGAGAUUGUUCAUCUGCAUGGGACAGAUAGUCACUCUGAGCGAAUGAUUCAGGUUCCAGAGGAUAUGCUUCGAGCUUGUAUGAUUGAUUUCGGUGGCCAUUGGGAUCAGUUCUUACCAUUGGCAAAGUUUGCAUAUAGUAAUAGUUACCACUUAAGCAUUGAUAUGGCCCCAUUUGAGACUCUUUAUGGGAGGAGAUGUAGAUCUCCUAUUGGGUGGUUUGAUGCGUUUGAAGUAAGGCCAUGGGCUACUGACCUUUUGAGAGAGUCAUUAGAUAAGGUUAAGGGUUUAGUAUUGUUAGAUGAGAACUUGGAAGAGCCUGUUGCUAUUCUAGAUAGAGAGGUUCGUAAGUUAAGGUCCAAGGAGAUUGCAACAGUGAAGGUUCAGUGGAAGAACCGCCCUGUUAAGCAAGCUACUUGGGAGACUAAAUCAGAUAUACGUAAUAAUUAUCCCCAGCUUUUCACUGAGUCGGGUACCUUUUCCCUUGUUUUCCUUCCUUGUCUAUUAGGGGAUGAACGGUUGUUUAAUUGGUAUUGA